AUGUUAUCACUCUUAAUAUCUAUCAACAACUCAUUUAAAUAUUAUUAUAUAAAAUUUUAUGUAAAUAUGGUUACUUCUACCGUUCAAGUACAAGGAACAUUUCAUAUAACAACUUCAAGUGGAUUAAAAAAAGAUUUAAAAUAUAGAACAUGUUGUGAUUGUUGUCACAUUACACUUGGAACAGUUUUUUUGGGUAUCAUUGAAUUAAUUGCUGUAUCUAUAUUAUUAUUAUCACUUAUUCAGCAAGUUUUAUGGAAACAUAAUGAUUCAAAUAAUUGUCUUUCAAAUCCAACAUUUCGAAUGUUAAGAGAUUGUCUUUUAUUUAAUUUUUCACACUUCAAAGUAACAUUAGCCGGUGAUUAUUUUAUUGCUUUACUAAUGAUGUCUAUAUUAUUUUGUAUUGUUUUGCUAUUUUGCGGUAUACUUUCAGCAACUCCAUCUUUACUAUUUCCACAUAUCAUUAUUCAAGGUAUUGGUUUAAUUUCUUCAAUUGCCUAUUUUGUUCUUUAUGCUUGGUCAUACAUUUAUGGUGAUUUAUAUCAGCAAAAAAAAUUAUUCAAUAUACAAAGUUGUGUAGAAAGAAUGUGGUUUGCAACUAUUUUAUUAAUUUUUUCUGGUUUUCAAUUAUAUUUAUUUUUUACAGUUAUUAAAUGUACCUUAUAUUUGCAAAUGAUAAAUGAUGAACAAUAUAGAAAAUUUAAUCAAUUUGAGGAAGUAAGAGAAAGAGUUAGACUUGCUAAAGAAAAUGGUUUAUGGAGAAGUGGAGGUGGUUUCUUACAAUAUCGUGGGCAGGAGGAAGAUGAACUUAGAAAAAAAGAAAGAAAAGAACAAAAGAAAAAAUCUAAAUGGGUUCAAUGGAAUUUAGAAAGAAAUCAGGAAAGAGAGAUAACUGAUACUAAUACAGAAAGUGAAGAUGAUUUUAAAAGACAUAAUAUUUCUGAUGAUGUAUCUAAAAAAAAUGAGGAACUUAAAAUGAAAACAUUUCAAAGAUCAAAUGAUUUAAAAGAAACAUUUAAUAUCCCAAAAUUUCAACACAACUCAACAUCUGAUAUUUCUGAAAAAAUUACAAACAUGGAUACAUAUUCUGCAACUAAAAAUGAUACUCAAUCACGUCAUUAUCUAAAUAAUAUUAGUUUAUCAGCACAAAAAAAUGAAGUGACAUAUGAUAAUAUUUCAAUUGACCGAAACAAGCAAAAUGAUUCAUUUCGUACUAAGACAUCAUAUACUCAACAACAUAGAGAAGUUACGAAGACAGCUAUACAUAAUCCAGUAAGAACAAAUAUUGUAAAUAUUUCAACAAAAUCAAAAAGUACAUCUAAUUCAAGUCAACAUAGUCCUGUUGUUAAAAAGGUUUCGAUAUCAUCAACAACACAUCCAUUUUAA